CUGAUCAUCAGCUUCUUCCAGCGACCCUGUCGAAACGGGUUUCAGGAAUGCAGCCCUCUGUUUCUGUCUUUGGACAGCAUUGCACAGCACCGUCGACACGAUCGUCUUGCCAACGUCGGUAUUGGCACCGUAGACCUGGUGCGCACGCAAUGUGCGCCAAAGACCAGCACCGACAGGAGCCAUGAUUCAGUUGCAGGAGAGUCAAGCGCAAUGAGUCCAAGUCCCAAGGUCCAAGAUAACUGUUAAGCGAUCCCCCGCGGAUGCCGCGCGGGUCCUAGGCAAGUCCAGGCGCGGGUUUGGGUUGUUACCCGGAAAGUUUGAGGUCAAUUGGCGAAUCACCGCGUCUACAGGCGACUCCACCUUCUUCACUUCUCCCUUCACCGAACUUCACCGAGGUUGAAUUUCCCGUUGAAAAAGAGUUGAGCGCCCCAACACAGGUGCAGAAUGACUCAAGAUAUGUCAGAUUUGACGUCAAUUCAUCUUUCAAAGCACUAAAGAAGCUGAAUUAUUCCGACCAUUGCAAAUAACCCGACCUCGACGUGCUGCUCCUACCCUGACGUGUUCUCGGUCCUCAGCCCCGGAUUCGUCCGUGGUCCGCUCGGACACUAAGAGCCCUUCAAGUGCGGAUCAUUGAUCGUGCCUUAUCUUUAACAGGAACACCCGUGCCUAACCGAUCCUGCAUGAUUGCCUAUUAACGCAAUUUGUUUCCGGCAACCGUUGAAGCCAACCGGAAAGCCAUUUUCCUACCCCCCCAGCCUCCCAAUGACUUCCCGAUCGUGCACGGUGACAGGCGCGUCAUCACCAAAGCCCAAGACUCUGGUCGACACCCUGACAAGGGCUCUGGUCAACCGGGAAGCGAAAUCGGCCCGCCGGAGACUCACAGUUUUGCCUCGGACAGCGGUUGAUUUCUCUUCCAAUGACUUUCUCUCCCUGUCAACGUCACCAGCCUUCAGAAAGCGCUACUUGGCUCAUCUGAAUGGGACUCCAGAGUCAUUUCCUUUUGCUAGCGGCGGGUCGCGUCUACUAGAUGGAAACUCCGCCUACGCUGAGGAUCUGGAGCGCUUCGUGGCCGACUUUCACGACGCUCCGACGGCACUUCUUUUCAAUUCCGGUUACGAUGCCAAUGUAGGAGUUAUGUCCAGUAUUCCUCAGCCGGGGGAUCUCAUUCUGUACGAUGAGCUGGUCCAUGCAAGUGCCCGCGAAGGCAUGCGGCUCUCCCGAGCAGCGGCGAGGAAGAUGUUUGCACAUAGCUCGCCAGCUGCACUAAAAGAUGUUUUGGCUGCUGAGAUUAAGAAAGACGCUACUAUUAAGAACGGCGCUCGAAAUGUCUUCAUUGUCGUGGAGUCGCUUUACAGCAUGGAUGGUGACGUGGCUCCGAUCAAGGAAUUUAUCCAAGUGGUGGAUGAGCUACUGCCAUGUAACAAUGGUUAUUUCAUUGUUGACGAGGCACACGCAACUGGGGUUUUCGGACCACGAGGUGCUGGUGUGGUGCAGCACCUCGGCGUCCAGGAUCGAAUGUUUAUUCGCGUGCAUACUUUUGGAAAAGCACUUGCGAGUCACGGAGCCAUGGUGCUCUGCGGUCCUGAGACAAGAGAUUAUCUGAUCAACUAUGCUCGCAGCCUCAUUUAUACCACCGCUUUGGGCUUCCCUUUCCUCGCAUCUAUUCGUACCGCCUAUGAGCUCUUAUCUUCAGGAGAAACCGAAUCAUUACGAACUCGAGUCCAGGAGUUGAUUAAAUAUCUCCAUCAACGCCUAAACGGUCUUCAAGUAAACAAAGCGGUCACAUUCGAGGUUGAUCAUUUCCCCACAUCUCCCAUUUUCUCAUUGCGCACAUCACAGCCGCGCCGAUUAGCGAGUGCGUGUCAAGAGGCUGGCUACGUUGUCCGUGCCAUCAUGCCGCCCACUAUCCCCGAGGGCAGUGAACGAGUACGAGUUUGCCUGCAUGCAGGUAAUACAGAGAAGGAAAUCGACGGCUUGGUGCGAACCAUUCAAUCAUGGCUGGAUGGAAGUUUGGCGACCAGGGAGGCCAAACUAUGAUCGAUUCAAGUGACAUUUUGCUAUUCAUAAAAGCGAUAAAAUUAUUUCACCACAUAUCUAAGACUUAUUCGGUGAUAGUCCUAGUAAUCGAUUUGAUUCAAAAGGGGAUACUGAGCGAGCUCUUCGCCCCCCUUACUCUGGAUUCGAGAC